AUGUCCUCUAUAUCAACGGUGCGAAAAAAGCUUCAAGCUUCCAUCCUCAUCCUCUUCCUUACCUCAUCUACAGUAUCCUCAUUGGUUUUCCUCAAAAAUCAAGCCGAAUGUGCUGUAACGUGCCAGAACGGUGGAGUCUGUGCCUACGAACGUGAGAACCCGCACAUCCACAAGUGUAUGUGCUUCAUUGACAUGUACUACGGAGAUCUGUGUCAGUUCAAGUACACUGAUACUAGUAGUACUAGUACUACGCCAAUGCCGAGGAUAGAAAAGGAAGAACAUGAAGAAUAUGAUAAAGAAUAUAGGGAAGAAGAGAAGGAUCAUAAAGUGGAUAGUAAAGAAGAGUAUUAUGGGGAGAAUGAAGAGCAUGGUAAGAGUUUUGGGUUAGUGGUACAAGUGGUACACGUUUUGUAAUUUUAGGUUAAGAUAUUGGGUUUAAUGGUACAGCUGGUACACUUUUUUCAAGUUUCAAGCUAAGAAACAAAAUUUUUAAAUUUUAAAAACCUUUUAAAAUUAUGACAAAUCGCAAAUAUUUUGUCAGUUUUAUAUGUUUUCCGUCUUUCACAAACAAUGCCCCCCCCCCUCCAUUUCUUGAGUCAGUUGUCCAAAAAACAGAAACUGGUCAUUUUGGCUUGAUUAAUGUCAAAAACAAAGUUUAAUGGACCAAUUCUUUUGAAAUGAAAUAUAAUUUCUUUGUCAGGAGAUUAAAAAUGAGUUUUGUUUAAUAGGGUAGGGUAGGGUAGGAUAGGAUAGGGCAAAACAUGAUAAAAUAACUAAAGGUAUUGUAAAAUACGAUUGUAUUUUGUUUCUUGAGAAUAAUAAAGUUGAAAAUUCAGAUCCAGAAGACCUGAUACAAGACGAAGAAGAAGCACGAAAGCAUAUUCAUGGCCAAGGUCAACAUCCUCAUUCCGAUGAGUUGUACCAUGAAGCUCAAGUUGGUGGAAAAGCGUCACGAGCUGUGGCUGAACACCCAAACUCGAGGGUAUACAACGAACACGAUAAGGACGCUACUUUUAACAAAUUGAGUAGGUUUUGAACGUUUUGUAUCCUACACUACCGUACUCUCCCCAUCCUACCCUACCGUACCGUACCCUACCCUACCCUACCCUACCCUACCCUACCCUACCCUACCCUACCCUACCCUACCCUACCCUACCCUACCCUUUAGAUGAUGCCAUUCUACUGUCUAUUUUCAGAUUCCUACGAACAAAACAAUGACGAUGACUAUGUGUAUCCAGAAGAGGAAGAAGAUUGGAUGUUGGUCAAGAAAUCAUCAAAUGGGCUAAUAUUUCCUUCGAUAUUACUCUUGCUAUCUUAUAUUCUUCUUGUGUAA